CUGUAUGUACGUGUGGGAUUGUGAGUGAGGUUUGAGGAGAGAGCGACGAGACCAGGAGGAGAGUGGACUGAGAGAGCAGCACACUGUUCACACUCCAAUCAAGACACUGAUCUGUGUUGGCACCAGGGAAUAACUACAAGGGAACGGGUUACAGAUAGCGAGUCUGACUGCUUCAGCAUAAUGGCCGCUUCUUACAACUGCUCUUUGGAUCUAAUGGCUGAAAAAGGCAGCUGGUUUUGUCCUCAAGGAGAAAAGAGUUCCAAUCUGACGCCCAGCACGAACAGCAGCCAAACAAAUCUGGAUGAUGCAUGUCUGAUGGAGUACCUGGAGAAAUAUCUGGGGCCUCGUCGAUCACCUGUGUUCCUUCCCAUGUGCCUCAUCUACCUGGUCAUCUUCAUGGUAGGUGUGGUGGGAAAUGCGCUGACGUGCACCGUCAUUGCACGCAACAAAGUGAUGUGGACACCAACAAACUACUACCUGUUCAGCCUGGCAGUGUCAGACCUGCUUGUGCUGCUGCUCGGCAUGCCAUUAGAGCUGUACGAGCUGUGGCAGAACUAUCCCUUCCUCCUGGGGAAGGGCAGCUGCUACUUUAAAACAUUCUUAUUCGAGACUGUUUGCUUGGCGUCUAUCCUCAAUGUAACGGCGCUGAGCGUGGAACGUUACAUUGCUGUGGUGCACCCGCUACGCGCAAAGUACGUUGUAACACGCACCCAUGCCAAGCGGGUCAUCUUAACGGUGUGGGGUGUGUCGAUCUUGUGUGCUUUGCCUAACACAAGUCUGCAUGGGAUAGACGUCCUUCACCUUUGCUCCACGGGUCCUGCUGGGAACAUAAGUAUGGCGAUUCCUGACUCAGCACUCUGCACCCUGGUGAAACCACGUUGGAUGUACAACCUGACCAUUCAGGUGACCACCUUGCUUUUCUUCAUUCUGCCCAUGCUCACCAUCAGCGCUCUCUACAUGCUCAUUGGGCUACAGCUGAAGCGGGAGAAGAUGCAUCAAGCGCUGGAGGCAAAGUCGAGCUUUGGACAAGACAGCUUCUGUAACAUCCGAAGUCAGCAGCAGAAGGCACGUCGUCGGCAAGUCACUAAAAUGUUGUUCGUUUUAGUGGUGGUUUUCGCAAUCUGCUGGGCCCCAUUUCACACAGACCGUCUCAUGUGGAGUUUCAUCAGUCACUGGACUGACAGUCACCUGGAAAUCUUCCAGUACGUGCACAUCAUCUCCGGAGUGUUUUUCUACCUCAGCUCAGCAGUCAAUCCAAUCCUAUACAACCUCAUGUCCACACGCUUUAGAGAAAUGUUCAAGGAGGUCAUGUGCCAUCGCCCACAUCACACCGCUCCCAGGAAACACUCGCUCAGUGUCACCCGAGUGACGCUCCGCAGCACCUUGAGCGAUGCGCCGCUCGGCAAUGGCGCCGCUGUCGUUGAAGCCGAGGCAGAAGAUGGAGAAUUGAGGACGAAAGAUGAGACCAGUUUUACAUAGGGUAUGUCAAGGGAAGACAUAUUGUUGGUGAGAUGGCUUGUUAAGAAAGACUGUCCCAUUCUUUAACAUCCACUUUGAACAGUUGCAUCAGCUAAAUACAUAAAGUAAUCUGAGUGGAAGAACUGCAAAAAAAAAAAAAAAAAAAGGCAAACCGCUCCACUGAAGCUGUCAAACCGCAGUUUAAAUAUGACUAUGUUGCUUUUGGAAACUUUAUACAAAACUCAACAAAUCACAUACUGAAGCUUAACUCCAAACCUUUUCAAAUCUACCUGGGCAGGAUGAGAUACACACUUAAACCUUUAGCAAUGAUGCAGGAAUGUACAAUAGAAGGUCAUUUGACGUUAGCCAGCGUAAAAGUUCAGUGUUCAAAAGUUGGUUUGAUGAAGACAUUUAUUUUUUGUGAGAGCUGCAUUCAGUUUUGGAAAAUAUUUUUAAAUGAUGACAAUAUGUUUCACAAAUCCUGGCCUUUAUAAUGUGAG